UCUUGCAGAGCACCCUCGCAUCCCACUCCAAGAUGUCCUGCUACGACCUGUGCCCACCCAGGACCACCGCUGACCUCUGCCCAGUGCCCAGGACCAGCGUGGCUGUGCCCCAGCCCAUUGCUGAGAGCUGCAACGAGCUGUGCGCCCGCCAGUGCCCCGACUCGUCUGCCUUCAUCCAGCCCCCACCCGUGGUGGUCACCUUCCCCGGCCCCAUCCUCAGCUCCUUCCCCCAGCAGGCCGUGGUGGGCUCCUCUGGAGCACCGGCCUUUGGCGGCUCCCUGGGGCUGGGCGGCCUCUAUGGCGCCUGCGCCACCCAGGCCUCGGGGGGCCUCUGCACCUUUGGCAGAGCCUACGCUGCUCCCGCCUGCAGCCCUUGCGCCCUGCCCCGCUACAGCAAGAAGCUCUGGGACACCUGCGGGCCCUGCUAGGCUUAUCCUAUCUUUUUUAUCUGUCAGCAAUGGAGGAAUCUAGAAGUUGUUCAUCUAAAUCUUUGCCGUUUAUGCCCUUUCCCUUAAAACUUGUCUUUUCCUAUAUUUAGUUUUUUUCUUUAUCUCCACUUUGAAAAUGUAAUCCCUAAUGUUUUAUUUUGUGAAUUUAUUAUGUAUCUGAAUUUAAUUUUUCUUUUAUUUUCUUUGAUCUUUAUCCUUUAUCUCGGUUAUAUGAACUUCAUGUCGUCUUUGCAUUUAUUCAGCUCUGCUUCUUGACAUUUGCAUGAGUUAUAAAAUUUAGCUUUAUAUUUUGGAUUCUCUUUGUACGUCUCCUUUUCCCAUAUUUUCCUUUGUACUCUCUGUGAUUUAUUCAAGUUGUUCCUGCAAUAAAUCUUCUAUGCAUCGAA